AUGGAUGCAGAUACUAUUCAACAGAAUAUACAACUUUACACAUUGCAGUUAAAUCAAGUUGAAACAGCUCUUCAGGCAUCUGUUCCCGAUGAGAAUUUAAUCCAAUUGAGAGCUGAUUUAAAAGAAUUGAUUUCCUUAACUGAAGAAAAUCUUUUGGCACUCCGGAAAAGACAGUUACUUUCAGAAUUAGAAGCUACUGAUAAUGAACAACCAAAUCUCAAUUCCUCUUCACAGUCUUCAAAUACGAAGGACAUGGAUGCCGAAUAUGCUGCUUUUAAGGCUUUAAUUGAUGAUGGUGAAUCAACAUCAGGCACCUCUGAGAAGAGACCACAGAGUGAAAAUUCCCAGAUAGCUGAUUGUUCAAGUAAUGACCAAAGGGAAGAUGAAGGUACAAACUCCAGUGAAGAAGACGACGAAGAAGGAAACAGAAAUUUAACUGAAAGUUUAAAAAGUUUAAUUGGAAAGAAAUGCCAAGCUCCUUUCAAUACAGAAUGGAGUAUGUAUGGUACGCAUAAUGCCAUCAUCACAGAUGUUCUUGAUUUUAAUCCUCCUGAUCCAGCACAGAUUUUAGUCAUGUUUAUUAAUCCAACACAUAGAGCUAUGGUGCCAUGUCAAUAUUUUUUAAAUGGAAAAUGCAAAUUUUCUGAUGAAAAAUGCAAUUUUUCUCACGGACAUAUAGUAAAAUUAGAUGAAAUAAAACCAUAUGAAGAACCAGAUUAUAGCUCUUUGCAAAUAAAUGGGAAGUGUUUGGCCCGUUUCACUGAUAAACUCUGGUAUCGAGCAAAAGUGGAAAGUAUAGAAGCAGAUGGACGUUUUGUUGUUUCCUUUGAAAUCAAGAAUGAUGUUUUGGUGGUUAGCCAUGAGGAAAUCAUGCCUUUCAGUGAACAGUCAAAAGAAACUCCGUCAGAAGUAAGCACGUCACAUUCUGAGUCUGAUGAUGAUGAGGAGGAGAAUGCAUCAGCAAUCAUUAAGUACAUUGCACCAAAAACUACACAAGCCAUGGGAGAAUGGGAAGCCCACACCAAGGGUUUUGGUUCUCGUAUUAUGGCAAAAAUGGGUUACAUUGUUGGACAAGGAUUAGGAAAAAAUGGAGAAGGUAAAGCUGAGCCUGUUCCAAUUGAAGUUCUUCCUUCUGGUAAAUCUCUUGACACUAUUAUGCAGUUAAAGGAACAGGCAGCUAAUAAAGAUCUGUUCAGUGCUUUCAACAAUGAGAAGAAGAAGCAGAAAAAAAUUGAGCAACGUAAUAAAAAUGCAUAUAAUAAACCUGAAAAUACAAAUGUAUUUGACUUUAUUAACAACAGAUUAUCUCAGCGAAAAGAUGGAAGUGGCAGUAGUAGUUCUGGGAAAAAGAAACACCACCAGUCUGGACAUGAUUCAACCAACAAGGAUACCAAACAUAUCUCUUUGAAAGAUCUCAGCAAAAAGUCAGACAGAACUCUUAAUGUUCAGCACAUGAAAACUGAAGGAGAACUGCGAAGAGUAGAGAAGGAAAUUCUUAGAUUAAAAGAUUCCAUUCUAAGAAAUGAAGACAAAAACAAGAGCAUUGUGAAGCAGCUUGAAUUGAAAAUAGCAGGAUUGGAAAAUUACAAGAAACAACUACAAGUGUCAGAGACGGCCAUUGGACAACAGAAGAAGCAGAGAAGUGAUCACAAAAAACUUACGAUAUUUUGA